CGAACGGAUAGUCUUAGGUGGUAUAAGGUGCGCCCGCAGCCGGAGAGAACCGUCAGAAGCGCAGGCGCGGGCGCAGGAGCAGGGCGCAGGUGCAGGAAUACGGCUUCCGCCGCGGAGACUAAAGGUUUUGUGAGGAACACUGGCCCCCUGGUUGAGAAUUUUAAAGUAUUUUCUUAGCUGUGAAUAGGUACGACUCACUCUCACCCUCCUCGCAAAAAUUAUAACCCACAUAACCCGAAGAAAAUGAAGCGGAAGGAACUGGAAAGUUUCUUGCAACAAGUUGAUGGCUUUGAGAAGCCCAAAUUACUUCUGGAACAGUAUCCGACCAGGCCCCACAUUGCAGCAUGUAUGCUAUAUACAAUUCAUAAUACAUAUGAUGACAUUGAAAACAAAGUGGUUGGAGAUCUAGGGUGUGGUUGUGGAAUGCUUAGUAUUGGAACAGCAAUGUUAGGAGCAGGGUUGUGUGUUGGAUUUGAUAUAGAUGAGGAUGCAUUAGAAAUAUUUAGUAGAAAUGUUGCAGAGUUUGAGCUGACAAAUAUUGACAUGAUUCAAUGCAAUGUGUGUUCUUUGUCUGAUACAAUGUUCAAGUCCUUUGAUACUAUAAUCAUGAAUCCUCCCUUUGGAACCAAGCAUAAUAAAGGUAUGGAUAUGUCAUUUUUGAAGAUUGCUUUACAAAUGGCACGAGUAGCUGUAUAUUCUUUACAUAAAUCUUCAACCCGAGAACAUAUUCAAAAGAAAGCAGAUGAAUGGAAAAUUAAGAUGGAUGUUAUAGCAGAACUACGAUAUGACCUACCAGCAUCAUACAGAUUUCAUAAGAAAAAAACAGUGGACAUUGAAGUGGAUUUAAUUCGGUUUUCUUUUAAAGACCCCCACACACAGAGACAAUCUGAAACAGCUUAAAAUUUAUUUAAAAUGAAUAAAAAUUUUUGUAUCAA